UUGAUUUCUUUCCUUUUACAUUUUCCGUUCCCUCCUUCCCCAUACCCGCUAUCACAUUUUCAUCAAUCUCUCCUUUUCUUUUCUUUUCUGUUCUUUUUUUUUUCCCCCUUCCUUUUCCUCUCUCGUUCGGCCUCUGUUCUAGCUAUUUUGGCUUCUGUGCAUUUGGGCUUUUUCGGCCCACUUUUCGUCUCGAAUCAAAAUCCCACUCGCAUUUCUAAAGUGGUCUUCUGGGUUGUCGAGAUCGAACUUUCUAAAGAAUGAGAUGUUGAUGAAUUUCACGCUUGGUGAGUCCGAUUCCAAUGGAUUUUCUCGCUUUCUAUUGCUGAAUUGUGAUAUUGGUUGAUUCGCCUAUUCGAUCUCUUUGAAUCCAUUACGGUUUAUGACAUAUUGUUUUUGUUGAUCUGUAUGUAACUGGUAAUGGGUAUUGUUUUGUUUUGAGAAUUUGGGAACUUUUUUUUUCGCUGCAAGUAGUUUUUUGGAUUCUUAUUGAUGGUUGGAAAAAUGGGUUUGAGAGAGUUUUAGCUAUGGUGGAGAAUAUAAAUUUUUCUGUUGCUGUUUGAUUUUGAGAGAAAUGAAGAGGCCAAAAAGCGAACCUCCGGUUUCGAGGAGGUUCAAAUUGCCUCAUCUUUUGUUGGGAUUAGCUGCAUUGUACUUGGUUUUUAUAUCAUUUAAGUUUCCGGAGUUUCUAGAGAAUGCGACGGUGUUGAGUGGUGAUGAUAGUUAUAUCGAAUUGGAUGGGACAAAGGUAGGGGAAUCAGAGGAUUCUGACUUGAACAAGCCGUUUUUUGGUCGGGUUUAUAAGGACGCGUUUCACCGGAAAUUGGAAGAUAACCAAAACCAAGAUGCCCCAGUUAGGCCUAGUAAGGAGCCAUUGGAAGAGGGGAGAAAUGGGUCCUCACCUUUGAAGCCGCUCCAACACCGAUAUGGUCGAAUAACUAGUGAGAUUAUGAGGCGAAGGAACAGGACGAGUGAUUUGUCUGUGCUCGAGAGAAUGGCGGAUGAGGCUUGGACAUUAGGCCUAAAGGCUUGGGAAGAGUUGGACAAACUUGAUGGGAAGGCGACCAUGGAGAGUUCUAUUGUUGAGGGAAAGCCGGAGUCUUGUCCUUCGUGGUUAUCGAUUAGUGGGGAUGAAUUGGCAAUGGGAGACAAAGUUAUGUUCCUUCCUUGUGGGCUUGCGGCGGGUUCUUCGAUUACGGUUGUGGGAACACCCCAUAAUGCUCACCAGGAGUUCGUUCCCCAGCUUGCCAAGUUGAGGCGUGGCGAUGCACUAGUUAUGGUUACGCAGUUCAUGAUCGAGCUGCAAGGGUUGAAGGCAGUGGAUGGAGAGGACCCACCAAAGAUUUUGCACUUGAAUCCACGACUCAAAGGAGAUUGGAGCAAGCGAACUGUCAUAGAGCACAACACCUGUUAUAGGAUGCAAUGGGGAUCAGCUCAAAGAUGUGAUGGUUUGCCAUCAAAAAGCGAUGACGACAUGCUUG